AUGGCUGGUAUUGGGACAGAAGAGCGAGAAAAUCAGCUUUUGCUAGCUAAUAAUACACGACAUGAAAAGAGUAUUUUUGAAGAGCUUACCAAUGCCGCAACAACGACUUCAAGGGUCAGAACUUUCUCAAACUCUGCAGCAAGCGGGACCCUAUCCAGAUCUGAUACGCUUGAUGGCUCUAAAGCUGAAGAUCCUGCUUUAGAUCCUACUAGUCCGCGCUUUGACGUGUACAAAUGGGCGAGGAUGAUUUUGCGCGCUGCGGACAAUGCAAACGUCAAGUUUCGCCGAGCUUCAUUUAGUUUCAAGAACCUUGAAGUUUCAGGCUCCAGGUCGGCCAUAUAUUUUCAGCCCAAUUUGGCUUCGGUCUUCAUGAUACCUUUUCGACUUCGCGAAUAUGUCACUUUUGGCAAACGGCCAAACAAGAAGAUAUUGGACUCCUUUGACGGCCUCAUCAAAUCCGGCGAGAUGCUGCUGGUGCUAGGGCGCCCCGGCAGUGGUUGCUCGACCUUCCUGAGAACAGUAGCUGGCAUAUCUCAAAAGGAAAUGAUUGAAAACUUCAAAGGGGAGAUAGUCUACAAUUCGGAGGUGGAUAAUCACUUUCCGCACCUUACUGUAAGGCAGACCUUGGAAUUUGCGGCUGCUGUACGCACGCCUCGCAACCGCGUUAUAGCGGUAUCCCGGAAAGAUACUAUAAAGCGUAUCACCGCGGUCGUCAUGGCAGUCUGUGGAUUGACUCGUGCCCAAAACACGAGAGUUGGCAAUGAUUUCGUCAGAGGGGUCUCCGGAGGUGAAAGAAAGCGUGUUAGCAUUGCGGAGAUGAUAUUGGCAAGGGCUCCCAUUGGCUGUUGGGACAAUAGCACUCGCGGACUUGAUGCCGCCACAGCCCUUAAAUUUAUUCAGACUUUGAGAACGAGUGCCGAUGUCGUCGGUAUGACCCAUGCUGUCGCAAUCUAUCAAGCAUCUCAAGCCAUUUAUGAACUCUUCGAUAAGGUCAUUGUUCUAUAUGAAGGGCGAGAAAUCUACUUUGGGUCUACAAGCGCUGCGAAGACCUACUUUGAGGAAAUGGGCUGGUACUGUCCACCCCGUUUGACUACAGGAGACUUUCUCACCACUGUCACCAAUCAUUUGACGAGAAAACCGCGACAAGGCUAUGAAGGACGUGUGCCUCGAUCUCCAGUUGACUUUGAGAAGUAUUGGCAGGCAUCUACCGAGUACAAAGCACUCCAGGAUGAGAUAGUGCAACAUGAGAGGGAAACUUCUAGCAAAGCCUCAGCUGCUGAAUUUAAAGCGUCACGUCGAGCUGUACAAGCGCGCCACAUGUGGUCAAAGUCUCCGUAUAUCGUCAACAUUCCAAUGCAACUUAGGAUCUGUACUAAACGUGCAUAUCAGCGGCUAUGGAAUGAUAAGAUUUCAACAUUGACUGUAGUGAUUGGACAAAUUAUCAUGGCUCUUGUCGUGGGCUCGGUCUUUUUUGGAACACCCAACAACACAGGCAGUUUCUUUGCAAGAGGCUCGACACUUUUCUUUGGGACCCUUCUCAGCGCACUCAUCGCUGUCACUGAGAUCAACAAUAUGUAUCAACAAAGGCCUAUUGUUGAAAAACAAGCGUCAUAUGCGUAA